GCAGCCUGACAAGCAUUCUGUGAACUGGAGUUUUAUUUUUGUACUCAGACUUGAUUAGUCUUAUUGAUUUUUGUAUUUGUGCAAAAUUAGCGUGUAGCGAAGAAUAAAUGUUUUUAUCAAUUAUAAUAACACGGAGAUAUAUUUAGCAAAAAUACGAGGGGUUUUAUCACGAUUGUGUGAACGAAUCUGCUCCUUCUAAAUCCCACGCUGAAAGUACUUGUGAUGUCACAUCCAAGAUGGCGGUACACUGCAGUGAAACAAGCGGACAGGCGAAACUGGAAUUUGCUCUGCGCAUCCCGUUCCCCUCGGAGCGCGAGGCACGGAUCGCUCUUCAGUCUCUCUCUCCUGACCGUGAGCCGCGCAGAGGGGGGAUCGGCAAGGAAAUGAGGGCGGCAGACAACGUCCUGUCCGUGACUUGGGCCGCGGACGAGGCCAGGAUUCUGAGAGUGUCAGUCGGGUCGUUCAUGGAUCACUUGGCACUGGUUCUGGAGACUAUGGAGGAGUUCGGACCCCCAGCAGCCCCCUGACCCAGCCUGGCUCUGUGGUCCAGCAAAUCAGCCUCCAUUCUGGGGGAGAACAAAAGGUUGAGAGAGAUGUUGGUGGGGUUGCUGGAACAAGGCAGGGGUACAAUGCAGGGCCAUUUCAGAGAAUGUCCAUUUGAUUGACUGCACAAGGACGACGGACAUUACGUGAGGAAAAUGAAAAUCCCAGCCAACAACACUAGGUGUUAGUGUGGUCUUACAUCCAACACAGGCUUCUGAGCUUGCACUGCAGUACAGUAAAUACUGGAAACGUGUGUAUGGUGUGACAUGUACACAGUGUAAAUACAAACUAAUAAAGACUGUUUUCUAAACUG